ACAUCCACCCGUCGCCCAGGCCAUGUAUCCGACAAACUGGACAUCUGUCGGUGAGAUUGUCCUCUUGGGAUUUCGGAAUCUCCACAACUUCAAGUUUCCCCUCUUCUCUCUGUUCCUUCUGAUUUACAUUAUGACACUUUCAGAGAAUCUCCUCAUCAUAGCGUUGGUGGGAUCCAGCCGAAACCUCCAGUCCCCCAUGUACUUCUUUCUCCAACAGUUGUCCCUCUCCGAUCUUCUGGGCUCUACAAAUAUCUUACCCAUCUUGCUCCAAACUGUCAUAAAUGAAGGAGCGGUGGUUUCCCUUGUUGGCUGUAUUACACAAAUGUAUAUUUUUGGUGGUUCGGAAACGUUUGAGUGUUUGCUUCUAGCAGUAAUGUCCUACGACAGAUAUGUGGCCAUCUGCAACCCUCUGAGAUACACUUCUAUAAUGUCCCACCGGGUUUGUGUUGGAUUAAUACUCCUGUCGUGGCUACUUGGCUUUGGUAUUAUACUGAUUAUUGUGUAUAUGGUAGGGAAACUACAGUUCUGCAAGCACAAUACUAUCAACCAUUUCUUUUGUGAUUUCACGCCCCUUCUAGAACUUUCCUGCUCAGACACUUUUUUCUUACUGCAAAUAGAUAUAAUCUUCUCCAUUCCGUUAGUUAUUUGUCCCUUUAUAUUCAUCAUUGGAUCCUAUAUCUGUAUUGCCCAUGAAAUCCUAAAGAUAGUGUCCAGUAUUGGGAGACAAAAAGCCUUCUCCACCUGCAGCUCCCACUUGGCCGUGGUCUCCAUAUUUUUUGGGACUCUAACUGCCAUUUAUGUGGUUCCCCCCAGAAAAGACUCACAGACCAUAAGCAAAGUUCUCUCUCUGUUGUACGCCGUAGCGAUUCCCUUGGUUAACCCAGUUAUUUACAGCUUGAGAAGUAAAGAAAUGAAAGACACCCUGGAAAAAUGUCUAAGGAAAUAA